GGUAACCCCGCGUGUAGUUACCGGAGAAGCGCGGAAAGUGGGGCCCAGGCGCGGUUCUAGCCACUGCGAAGGUGGUUGUAGUUCCAGAGCGAGCCGGCAGCCUGUCCGAGGCGAAGAACCUGAGCCUGCCCGGGCGUCUGCUGAGACGCCAUGGAAGUGGUGGAGGCCGCCGCCGCUCAGCUGGAGACUCUGAAAUUCUGCGGCACGAGCCUGGGGGCUGGCCAAGGUGAGGCGGGGCCGCCCCCGGACUCCGUUCCCGUCCCGGAGCCGCCGCCGCCACCACAGUCGGACGAGGGGUCCCCAGACACUGAGCAGGACGCGGAGGCUCCGCUGGCCAGGGAGCGGCCGCCCGAAGCCGUGCCGAGCGCAGCCGUCGGCGGGAACCCCGCGCCACAGUUGGGCCCGGAACCUGGAGGGAAAUGCGUCACCGGCCCGGGCGCUGCGGAGCGGGUGCCGACCGCGGACUCCUUGGAGACCUCGGACUCGGAUUCGGACUCGGAAAGUGAGACAGAUUCAGAUAGUUCAAGCUCUUCAUCUUCCUCAUCAUCUUCCUCAUCUUCCUCUUCCUCUCAAAUAUUGCUUCCUCCAGUGCUGUCCGAUGGAGAGGACGAUUUACAAAUUGAGAAGGAAAAUAAGAAUUUUCCUCUUAUUAAAACAAAAGAUGAAUUACUUCUUAACGAACUACCUUCAGUUGAAGAACUCACUAUUAUUUUGCCUGAAGAUAUUGAAUUAAAGCCUCUUGGGAUGGUUUCAAGUAUUAUUGAACAAUUAGUAAUAAUUGAGUCUAUGACUCAACUACCUCCAGUUAAUGAGGAGACUGUAAUUUUUAAAAGCGAUCGGCAGGCAGCAGGAAAGAUAUUUGAGAUAUUUGGACCCGUUGCACAUCCAUUUUAUGUGUUACGGUUUAAUUCUUCAGAGCAUAUUGAGAGUAAAGGUAUUAAAAUAAAGGACACUAUGUAUUUUGCUCCAUCAAUGAAAGACUUCACCCAAUAUGUAUUCACAGGAAGACAGGAGAAGGGAUCGGAUGCAUCAUGGGAGAAUGAUCAGGAACCACCACCAGAUGCCUUAGAUUUCAGUGAUGAUGAAAAGGAAAAAGAAGCCAAACACAGGAAAAAGCAUCGCAUUCAGGGCCGGAAAAAAUUCAGAUCUCAAUUUAAUGAAUCAGGUGAAGAUUUUGCAGAAGUACAUCAGAAUUGGAAUGCUCAUAGCUCUGCUUCAGAGCAUUCAAAAGGAUAUCGCAACAGAGAAUUCACACGGGGAUUUUCCCGGGGUAGAUAUCCUCGACCUUGCCAUGGCAAGCCCCCUCCUCCACAGUUUUAUAACUCGGAGCAUAUGGUAUCUCAGGAGACUUCAGCAUUUCCACCUCAGAGACAAGAUAACCUUAUGCCACAGUACCCCUUUCCUCCGCCAGUGUUUGACAUGCAUAAUUUUUCACUCCCUCCUCCACUACCACCCCCACCCCCAACAUCUCCCAUGUACCAUUACUCUCUAGAACACAUUUUGGGAAAUGCUGGCAUAGAUGAUAGCCGGCAGGAAUUCAUGGUAGUACGCAUUUCUAAGAGGCCUUUAGACCCCACAGAGAAGGGUCAAGUUCAAGAUCAGCAAAUGGACUGUGGUGCGCGCGGUGUCCCCAUGGAUUGUGAAGCAGGCGCUCGGGCCGCGGCCCAGCGUUGCCCCAUCGCCCUCCGAGCGAGCGUGUGGUCCAGGCAGGUCAUGCAAAGGACAGAAAUGACGACAGCAUGUACCAAAGCAGAAGCUGUGCAGCGAGCUGCUGUAGAGCGAUCAGCCACACACGAAACUAACAAAAUAGAACAACAGAGGCAUCACUUCAAGGGCAGCACAGUAGAAAGCACCGUGCCAGCUCACCGAGGCUUGGAAGUGAGAGCUACAGGCCUCCCAAACGGGAUGGCAGCUCCUGGGGUGAUUCCGGCUCAAUGA